AUGCUGACGUCUCAACGUCUCGAAGGAGGCAAACGAGUAAUCUGCACUGCCAGAUGUAGCCGGUCAAGACCUAUGAAAGGAUGCGGCCGAACAUUGAGCGCGUACCGCGGAACCAUCAAAUCACCCGGCUUCCCUAACCCGUACCCUCCCGCGCUAACGGAGGACGACCAGGUCUGCCAGUGGAUGAUCAGCCUGCCCUACGGACACGGCAUCAAGGUGUAUCUGUACGACUACGACUUUAACUUCGAGCCAAACGACGUUACGACGGUGUACGACGAGUUACAGAUCUUCAGGGACAUAGGCUGCAGCGAGGCUAACAGAGAAAGGACGUUUGUGGGCAACUUUAGCUCCACGUCGCUAAUUCACCUGCCGAGCCACUGGGCCUGCAUCAAAUUCAUCCGGAGGACGCUUCAAAACCUGCAGCACACGGGCUUUUCCCUGUCGUAUGAAGUCAUCGACGCUAACGGUGACUGUGGAGUGAACAAAACCACAAGACUUUUCUCAGAUGAAGGCUACAUCUUCAGCCCCGGGUACUCCUUAUCCAGCUACCCGCAGGACCUGGAGUGUACCUGGCUUGUAGAGUCCCAGCCGGGCAGUACGAUAGACGUCACGUUCUUAGACUUCCAGCUCAGCUAUACCUACAGCUGCGACUUCGCGGCGGACUACGUGCAGAUCGGGAACUCCAACACGUCCUACGCCUUUAAAUACUGCGAUUCCGACUCGCCGCAGCCUUUUCAGACCAGGGAUAACCGACUGUGGGUCUCCUUCAAGUCCGGGCAGUGGAGGCACAGGGGAUUCUGGUUGUACUACAAAGGUUCAGGAGACUCGGUUGAUUCCGACCGGCCGAGCUCGGAUUACUGGAGAUCAGGCUCGGCCCAGUACGGGUGGAGCAGGGGAGAGGACUCAGGGGGAACGGCGUUCGUAGGAUGGAGUAGGGACCCCAACAAAAUGGACUCCGUUAAAAGAUCAACUGGAGCAAGCAUACAUCCGUCAUCCCGGCUCGUACUGACACAGGUCAUCACAGCAGUGACUACAUUACUGGCGAUACGGAACUGACUUACACAAAAACGACGCCAUCUUGUGGAAAUGAACAGGCGGAAAUAGAAUGAACUGGAUGUGCUGCUUUGCACGUCAUUAGUGACGUCUGGGAGUUUGAUAUCAAUGUGAAACUAUCAGGACAGAAACCUCUCAGUUUUACUGUCGUUAACUCAAUAUGAAAGGACAGCAAAAUGAGCAACUUACCAGUGCCUUAAAGCUACA